GGUUUUCGCGAUCCUGGAAAAAGUUGCAGAUAUGGCCGGCCAAGAUUCUGAUACGCAGCUUAUCCAGGCCAAGUUGGCGAAGCUUGGCUUGGACCAGACGCCAGAGGAGUUUGUUGCUAGCCUUCCACCGCCAAUCAAGAGGCGCGUGGAGGCGCUUCAGGAGCUGCAGUCCAAGCACGAUGAGCUUGAGACGCAGUUUCGCAAGGAGCGCGCUGAGCUUGAAGCUAAAUAUGAGAAGCUUUAUGCCCCUCUCUACGUGGAGCGCUCGGACAUUGUUCAAGGUUCUAAGGAUGUGCCACCGAAGGAGGGCGAGCCCGCCGGCGAAGAGAACUUCAAAGGCAUUCCCGAGUUCUGGUUGGCUGUCCUCCUGAAGUGCGACGUGACGAUGGACAUGAUUAAGGACAAAGACAUGGACGUCCUUAAGUAUUUGCGCGACAUUCAGUCUGAGGGUUUGGUUAUCGAGGGUGUUUCCCAUGGCUUCAAGCUACGCUUCUACUUCGAUGCGAACCCGUACUUCACUAACGAGGUGCUUGAGAAAACGUACUAUAUGCUCCCAGAGGAUGACGGCGUCCUCGAGCGAGCUGAGGGCACGAAAAUCGAGUGGAGCCCAGGCAAGGAUGUGACGGUAAAGAUCAUGAAGAAGAAGCCUAAGAAGGGCGGCAAGGGUGAUGCGAAGCCGCAGGUCAAAACGGAGCGCGUGGAUUCGUUCUUCAACUUCUUUGACCCGCCCCAGGUUCCGGACAGCGAGGAGGAGAUUGACGAGGAUACGAUGGAGGAGCUCCAAGCAAUUAUUGAGGCGGAUUACGAGGUUGGUGCCACCAUCCGCGAGAAGCUCAUUCCCGAAGCUGUGUCCUGGUACACCGGCGAGGCGGUCGAUGAGGAUGGCCUUUACAUUCCUGACGAGGAUGAGGACGAGGAUGAAGAGUUCAACGAUGAGGAAGGCGAGGAGGGUGAGGAGGACGAGGCCGGGGCCGGUGCUGGUGGUGAAGGGCAAGCAGCGGGUGGGCAACAGCAGCCGCCGGAGUGCAAGCAGCAAUAAUAUGUUCGGCGGGCGGCGAGAAGAGCAUGUGUCUGGGCCGGGUAACUAACAUACGCCGCAGGAUGUAUGGCAUGCCAAAUCAUCGGACGUAACCUCGUGCUUGGAACUUGGGUAUCCUUACAAGCGCGUCAAAAGUGCAGUUCAUGGUUUGCGCUAAUUGGUUCAUCAUGCACUGUCUGUUUUACUGACGUGGAUGGGUUCGUCCAUGCCGGAGGCUGGUGAUAGUUUAGGUCUUGGAGUGGUGAAUCUGUCAUCAGGGGUUAUAUGACCUCCUUGCGGAUUAGCUAUUGAUUAGCAUGCUAUGCGUGCUCGGGGUGUCUUCUGCAGUUGUUCGCCCUCAGUUUGCUGUUCUGUUAGGAAAACAUCUCGCCGCUCGCUUGGCAGGGCAUAUGCAAUUCUGCCGAACCAUGCGUGUCUUUGGCAGUCCAAUUGCUUAAGAGUAGUUGUUUGACAGCAGCCCUGGUUUAGUGAGUCUGUGACUGGAACGGCGUUGGCCCUCCAGGCCUUCUGUUUGUAUAUUCAGAUCUUGAGGUGGCUGGAUUGAAAUGCUCGGGUGACCUUCCGACCGGAAAGAUUUUAGGAUAAAUGGCAUGGGGAUACGCCAAUGCAUCGUGGAUAUUUGGGUAAGAGCAUUUUGGAUGUUUUGGAUAGGGCACUUGCGUGUGAGGCGGCUGAGAGCAUUGUUUGGGUCGGGAGCUGUGUUACAGUGUCCUAUUCAGUCGCACAGCCUCCUAUAGUGGGUUUGCUAUGGCGGGACAUUUGGGUCUUUGCGCGGGCGGUCAUUCCAUCUGCGUUAAUGACGCUAGUCAGUCCUAAUCCCGUAUUUGUUACGGAAGAGGAGUCACGUUUUGAUAACAUCUUCAAACUACUCGCUCCAUGAAGCAUAUUGACUACGACCCUAAGAGGCAUAACAGUUAUUGAACUGUAUCGGCAUAAACUGAACCGAAUGG